CCCUCGCGUCAUUCGGGCGGGAGUUAUCGCGAGCUACACCCGCCAUGUCUGUGCGCGUAGAACACCGGGAUCGGGAUCGCGAUCGCUUCUCAAGACAUUCUUCCCGCGCUUCAGUUGAUCUCGCGUUUCCCAGUGGAUCGUCACGGGACCACUCCUUCCGCUCCGUGCAUUCGGGCCGCGUGCCUAGAGUCGCCAGCGAUGACUUAAUGGUGCCAGUGCGCACGCUGCGCUCUGCUUCGUGCCGUGCCGCUCCUGGGGCGCCUCAUCGCUUACGACGACAUCAUUCGUCAGCUGCGGAAUGCGACCGCACGCGCCGCUCUCGUCGACACACUUUGGAGCUACCCAACAGUCGUGGACCUAGUGUUCGUAGCCGGUCUCCGGAACCGCCGCCGCCCCAGCCGGUCGAACCUGAGGUGCCGACUGAAGACGCGGGGAAGGAGGCUCGGAGACGCCGUGUGGUCACCGCAGUCGCUGCAUCCUUCUUCAUGUUGGCGCUGGCGUCAGUCCUGGUGGUGGUGGUGACGCUGACGCACAGCUCUGUGCUCCGGGCACACAACCAAACAGCCAAUACGGCAGGAGAACGAGCGCCUGAUGCACGACGUCCUUCAGGCGGGAAUCGCCAAUCGCACCCAGUCGUCGGGGGCAUUGCGCUGACGCCGCGCUACUCGCCGCGCCCGCGGCUCGACAACAUCAGGCCCGCCGCCGCCCCCCCGGAGGAGCCCCCCGACUUCACGCCUCACGUGGAGCCCACCAAUCGUGAUUACGGCUUCUCCGUUUCCCUUCGCGAUACACACAACGCUUCUCAGCCGGUGAACACUACUGUGGCGGCCCCUGCGUGAGCCGCUCGCACUCCUCUAUGUGAAGUGAACGCACAAUGUGACCGACGUCAAUGAACUCCUCUAUCCGUAAAGUCGGAGAGACGCUUAGCUAGAUUAUGUGAAUUUGUGAAUAUAAAUGGUUAAAUGUUAUUUGUUAUUCGUGGGAGUGAUCUGGAUAAACACGGUCAGUACUCCUGUAGAUAUAGAUGAAGUGUAUCAUCGUCGUUAUUGUGGAUAAUUGUCCUUUCUUAUGUGUAUAGGAAGAUGUAUUUAAUAUUAUUCUAUAUUAUACACCUAGAUGGACGUGAGAUUUGUAUGCUUUUUUAAUGUAUCGCAUCAAAUUGCGACAAAAGGCAACGUUCAAAAGUAUGAAACUUGUAUUGUAUUGUACUUAAUAUUUAUUUGUAAGGUAUUUUUAAAAUGAAACUCUUGUUUCGAACCCUUGUUCAAGGAUGAACGAUUUCCAGUUAUUAUGGUUUAUAAAAAAUAUGUUUUAGAUAUGAUUAAUGUCUGAUAACUAUUUCAUUGUUAUAAUAUCAUACUUUCAGUGGUUUUAAUUUGAACUAUUUAAAUAUAAGAAACUCAGCUUAAAAAUAUCUAAAACGUUAAAUAAUUUAAGGAUCCAGACUUUUAACUUCGCAUUAGUUACCUUAAAUACUGAUAAGUAUACCUACACGAGUCGUUUCAUGGAUAUGGGAUCAACUUGUAAACAAAAUAAUUAGUUUCUUUAAGUUUCGUACAUUUUCACUGUACCUUUUGAAAACACUAACACUAUUUUUUAUGACCUAUACUCGUAUAAGUCUAAUAAGCAUAAUUUGUCUAAAAUAUAU